GAUCCAUUAAAUAGUACCCCAUUCUACUACUACUCCAAUAUUCUAGAAAGAUAAAGAGAGAGAGAGAAAGAACAGAGAAAGCUCAAGAGAAGCCAUGGGAGUAGCAGCUCAUUUCAAUCAUUUCUGGUUCCUUCUUUUCAUCCUCUUCUUCUCUUUCUGCAUCUCCUCCAUCUUCGGAUCCGAUGAUGAUUGCGUGUACACAGCUUACGUCCGAACGAGUUCAAUAAUAAAAGGUGGAACCGAUUCGAUUAUUAGUUUGACUCUCUACGAUGCAAACGGGUAUGGUAUUAGAAUCAAGAACCUGGAGGCCUGGGGUGGGCUUAUGGGCCCAGGUUACAACUAUUUCGAGAGGGGAAACUUGGACAUAUUCAGUGGCCGAGCCCCAUGUUUGACUGGGCCGGUCUGCAAGAUGAACUUGACUUCCGACGGAACAGGUCCAGGCCACGGCUGGUACUGUAACUACGUAGAGGUUACCGUCACCGGAGUCCAUAAGCAAUGCAACCAACAGAAUUUCGAAGUGGAGCAGUGGCUCGCUACUGAUGCGUCGCCUUAUCAGCUCACGGCCAUAAGGGACAACUGUAAGAAGACCAAGUCCGAUGAGAAACUGUCCAUUUCCGGUGAGAAUCUGCCCGUUUCCGAUACUGAAUCCAUUCCACAUGUUUCUGUGAUUUAAGUUUACAGUUAUUGGGCUUUAAUGGGCCUGGCCCCACAUUUCUCUAUUGUAUCUCCUAUCAGGGGUAAGUAUGACAUUUAAUAUGUGUCAAUGUAGCUUUAAUGUUUAUAGUAUGAGUGGUGUUGGAGUAAUAAAGUGGCCUGAUAAUUUUGCGAAUAAUAAGAAUCAAUACUUUUUCUCAAGAGUA